UUUUUGUGAAAAAAAUUUCGCUGGUAAAAUUAGUGAUGUUAGUCAAUUAGAAACACAAUUAGAUCAAUUGUUUGUUGCUCAAAUUACUUAUGAACUAAAUGCUUAUUUAGAAGCUAUGGAAAAGACGAGACUUCGUGAUGGUCUCAAAUGUGUUUUACGUAUGUCUCGUUAUGGUAAUCAAUAUUUACAAAUGAAACAACCAUGGGCGAAAUGUAAAGGUUCUGAUGCUGAUAGACGAGAUGCUGAAAUAAGUAUAGCUCUUGCAUUAAAUCUUGUUUAUUUACUUUCAUUGGUAUUACAACCAUUUAUGCCAACAACAUCGGAUGAAAUUCGUCAACAACUUAAUAUUAAGGAAGGUGUUUAUGCAUUAGAGAAUGCUUUUCGUUGUUAUUUACCAAGUGGUCAUACUAUUGGACAAGCUCGACCAUUAUUUAAACGUGUGGAAAAAACUUUGACAGAUGAAUAUCGUUUACGUUUUGCCGGUCACAAGAAAUAA